AUGAUUUUUCUGCAGGAUAUCAAACAACCCUCAGAAGGACAUGUCCUUGGACUUUGGGAAGGUUACCGCAUCCGCGGUGUGUACGGCAUGAGCGACUGUGUCACAGUUCUCGCCUCCGACACGCAUCAUAGACUUCGGCGGUACCGUUUCGAUAACAGAGUCGACGAGACAGUGUUUACAGAAGAGGUACCAAUCAUCUCUUUCCGGGUACAUCCCAAUGAGAGGUUCGUCCUCACGACUACACAACGAAACCUUCGAAUGUGGGAUUUACAAUCGAAGACACUGGUUAGGAAUUUCUAUGGAGCUCAACAAGGAAAUCUCGUAAUACAUGCUGGUUUUGGUGGAAUUAACCAUGGUUACCUGGCUACAGGAACUGAAGGUAGUGACGAGAAAAAUCAAUCGACAUGCCUAAAAAAGCGGUUUUCAGAUCACAAAGUUGUAAUAUGGAGCAUCGGAAACAGCAAGCAUACUAUGAGGUUACGAGGACACAAGCGUGUAGUCAACGGAGUCACUUGGAACCCGAAAUAUCCCACGUUAUUAGCGAGCUGUUCGGAAGAUAUGACAGUGCGCAUAUGGAAUAUAGCUCGUAACGAUCUGCCUCCUGAACCACCCACGUCGAAAAAGAAGGGUCACAAGAAAAAAACGGGUAAACAACAACCGGCGAAUGGCAAGGACAAGAAAAAUGGAACCACAUGA